AUGUUGGUGUUAUUUGAAACGGCUGCAGGCUACGCGUUAUUCAGACUUCUGAAUGAGAAAAAGCUGAAAAACGUGGACAAUAUCUACGAGGAGUUCUCGACAGCGCAGAAAGCGCAAGAGAGUCUUCAACUAAUUGCGUUCAAGAAAUUCAAAAGUACCGUCGAAGCAGUUGAGAGUGCAUGUGCCCUUCAAGAUGGAAAGCUGAAUAAGUCUUUAAAAAAACUCCUGAAAGGGAAAAUCGACGAGAGCGAACAACUAGCCGUAGGAGACGCGAAAUUGGGAAGUUUGAUUAAGGAUAAGAUGGAAGUUCCUUGUGUGUAUUCGCCCGCAGUAGCAGAACUGAUGCGUGGUAUCCGUGCUCAUAUCGACUCGUUGCUUGGUGAACACAAGGCUGAAUUAAAUGCCAUGAAUUUGGCCGUGGCACACUCUCUUGGUAGAUACAAAGUUAAAUUCAAUCCAGAAAAGAUUGAUACCAUGAUUGUGCAGGUUAGAAUUGAACAAUUAUGUAAUGAGAUAACUUGGGAAAAUUGUUCAGGAUCACCAAGUUGGUUUUUCCACUCAUUCGCAUGCAUUUUCGUCAUUAAAACUAUUGGUAUGCGACAAAAUGCAGUUGAUGCUGAUCUCUCCAGUGUUCUUCCAGAAGAAAUGGAAGCCAAAGUUAAAGAAGAAGCUGAAAUUUCUAUGGGAACAGACAUAUCUGAUCUAGAUCUUAUACAUAUAAGUGGCUUGUGUGAUCAAAUUAUUGAGCUGUCUCAGUACAGAACUCAGCUUUUCGAAUAUUUAAAAAAUCGAAUGACGGCUCUCGCUCCGAAUCUCACUUGUCUUCUUGGUGAACUUGUUGGUGCACGGCUGAUCUCGCAUGCUGGAUCUCUGGUUUCUUUGGCGAAAGCUCCUGCUUCCACAGUUCAAAUUAUAGGGGCAGAGAAGGCGCUUUUCCGAGCAUUAAAAACCAAAAAGGACACACCUAAGUAUGGAUUGAUCUACCAUGCUCAACUCAUCACCCAAGCUCCACCGAAACUCAAAGGGAAGAUGGCUCGAAAGCUUGCUGCGAAGUGCGCUUUGGCCACUCGCAUAGACGCAUUGGCUGAUGAAUCAAGGGGUUCAGAAGUAGGAAUGGAGUGCAGAGCUAAUCUCGAGGCAGUUCUGAGAGUGGAACAAGAACGAGGACCGAAGAAAAUUAGCGGUUAUUCGCACAAGCACGAAAAAUACCACUUUAAGAGUGAAACUUUCGAAUAUGACGCGGCAAAUGAUGUCCCUAAAAGACCCAUGAAGAGGAGGUUCGAUGAUGAUCAAGGAGAACCGGCGAAGAGGCCAAAGGAAGUCGAAAUUGAGGAAGUAGCGACAUUGUCAGAGAAAAAGAAGAAGAAGAAGGAGAAGAAAGUCAAGAAGGGAGACACUGAGGAAGUAGAAUAG